GUCGAUGGUGAGUUUUGAGUCCGUCCGGCGCGAACAUCAACAUUUACUUAAACGAACAACUCGGGGUUUCUGAUGUGCACUACGGCGGACAGUGGAGAAAUAAUCAUCCUCAGUGAUGAUGAUGACAAAGACUGUGAAAAUGACUUAUCCUGCCUCAUUGUGGAGGUGGAGGAUGUGAAGAAGACUGGUACCAGCUGUUAUACUCUAUGGUUCAUUCCAUCUCAACUCAAAGAGAUUAGGGAAGACUGUAUGCCAGCUCCUACUGCUCUAGAUGAAGACCUGGUUGUCACCUUCUCCCGCUGUGCUGAGGUGCUGCCUCAUGCACGUUACGACUGCCCCAUACACCCUUUCACGGCUACAGAUUGUGAGACAGGUGUUCCAGUGGCCGGUAACCAGCUGUUUUGUGAUCAGUGUUUCUGUUACAUCUGUGAUAAGCUGGCAUCAUCGUGUGUGAUGUGGUGCCACAGUGAAAUGUGUCACUGCAACAGCCACAAGAAGAGCCCCUUCUGGCACAACCUCCGAAACACUGCACUACUGGGAGGACUGAAGCCUUUUAACCUCACGCUGUCGGAAAUAGACUCUCACCUCCGAUGUGCAGAAAUGAUGCUGCAGAACUUCAGACAAGAGCUCUCUGAACAGUUCUCAUCCUUUGUGAAGGGAAAGACGCUACAGGAAAUUGGUCUACCCUUACUGAACAUGCAAGGCCUUGUCCACGAUUACACACCUGUGUACGAGUUUGUGUCAUUGUUCCUGAACAAAGCAGAUCAACAAGAUGGCAGAGCUGCAGCCAUCUUGAAUCUGGGAGCUGCACUAGAGUUUGUGAGACAUUUCCAAGUCCCAGGAGCUUUCAUCUUACAGACUCCCAUGAGUAAUGUUACUGAAGCGAAAGUACUGUUAAUGCAGAGGGUUAUAGCGUCAGUGCAAAGACAGAUGGUGAUGGCUGAUUUUUCUGCCGAGUUUGUCCAAAAACUGCAGGAUUUUUACAAGAAUUUAUAUUUCCCCGCCGAGCUCAGGAGCAUGAGGAACAGUCUCUGUGUUCGUCUCUGGGAUGACGUCCUGCUUGUGGCAGUGCUGAAGGGCCAGAAUGUGUCGGGUGUCCGUAAGGACAAAGGCAAGAAAGACAUCCUGAUCGAACAGAUUUCUGUGGUUCUCCUGAGGACAGAGCUGCUGCAGCGUCAGUGCAGGUACAGAGAGCUCUGUCGAUAUCUACGAGUCGUGCAGACUGAUGAUUCCAGCAUCUUCCAACAACUACAAGACCUCAUCCCUUUCUUUAUGUGCAUGCAUGGAGACUUCACGUCGGCUCUGACCAGUUUGUUCCCUUCAGUGAACGCUCCCGCCUCCAACCUCUCUCCGCAUAGCUUCCUCUUUUAUCUCCGCAUCUUUGAAACGGCAACAGCACCAAAGCUGAUGGUCAUUCGGCCAGCACAGCUCAGCUGUUCUGCUGCAAAGUGGGAGCUGAUUGAAAGUGCUGUGCCACUGAAGCGUGCUGAGCUGGUGAAGUUUGCUCUCAGGGCUCAGAGAUGCUGCUGUGCCGUCUACACUGAUUCUCAGUGUUGGACCAGUUUACUCCAAAUCGUCAACACGCAUCGUGGUUCACUCACUGCUUUACCUGCCCCAAGCAAGCAGUUUCUACACGAAGCAAGAGAUAUCGUGAAUUCCAUUCUGCUUGAUAGGCAAAACUCCAGCUUGCAGAUUCCACGUUUUUUCUUGGAGAUGUACCCAGACCAGGCCUUGCUGCUGUUGGUAACGGCAGCUUUAGGUUUGAGAAUCCGUGAUGCUGCUCUAAGUCCAACCCUACCUGUGCUCAGUGCCUUUAAGGACAAUGUGUGGGCUUUCACUUGGCUGUGUGAUAAUCUGUCCUCCAGCGAAGAACGUCUCAGAUCCUUUAUUCAGGAGAUCACACGGGAGAUGGAAAACACAGCAGGUACGGGAAUCUUCCUAUUGCAUGAAACUUUGCAGUUUGGUGUGUAUUACUUUGGGUUUGUUGCCUCUUGUAAGCUUUCAGCCCCAAUGUUUCUGUUAAAUAUCGAUGCACAGUGUGCUUAGAAACAUCUUCUUCAAGAUUUUCAGCCUCUGACUAAGUCACCAACAUGACCGAUCUCUUUUACCCUUGGCCUUUCUCAUCAGAUCCUUGACUUGCAGUUAGGUCAGAUGGACGUCCUGAGCGAGGCAAGUUUUUGAAGGAUCCUCCUUUAUUGUACCUUUGAAAUCACUUCUGCACCCAGCGGAUACUUCUGCAAAGGGCUUGAGCUACCUGCUGACCAGUUUUUCCUGCAUUUCGAAGAGCAGUGGCCUGUGCACAAAUCUUUUUCACCCUUACUCUUGGCCUGAUAACAAUGCUUUCUGGUUGAGUGUAAUUUAUUUUGGUCAAGCAACAAAUUUGGUAUACUGUAUUCCCUGUUUCUUGGUCUUCAAUUCAAGACUCAUUUCCACCACCAGCUGUUCCAAGGUGGAACUACAUUAAAGUGAAGGAUAUGUGAUGCUGUCAUGUUUCUCCCAUUUGCAUCACUGCUCUCCACGUUGUGAUCGUGAUCUCUGACCACUCUUUACUUUUCUCCACCGACGGCUAUUUUUAAGUCCAAUCUUAUGAUAUUGAGAGAUACAGAGCGCUGAUCCCACAGUAUUUAUUAUAUAUAUUUUUCAAUUUAACAUCUGUAUUCCUGUCUGUGUGGAAAUGACAGAGAUCAUCUAUCGGUUCUAUCUUCUAUCACUUCUGUGGAGCUCAGUGGAUGAUAGGUGCUAAUGUUUUUUGACUACAUUAAUAAAAAUGAUAUCAAAACGAGAAAUGUGUUUAUGGCAGUCUGCUGUAGCUAUACCUGCGAGAAACGGUUUCACUUUUUAAACUAGAAAAUACUUUAACUGAUAAAUCUUUAUUGUAAUUAAUUUAAAUUUUUUUUGUCCACUGACUACAUAAUUACCGAAUCUUAUCAGCAUUGACUGGAUGUGUCUGAAUACCAUUUAUUUU